CUUCAAACAUUGAGGAGUUUAACAUGCGGGUAUCACAUAUUAGAUGUCUUACUGUAAGCAGGAGUGUAGAUAGUGGGCAACAGGACUCACUUCAGUUUGUCUGGAAGUGUCAAAAUGGGUGAAUACCAACAUUCACUGUUCUUUGAAGCGAGGGAGCUGGCAGACGAAGAAAAGCAGAAGAUAUGGAGAUAUUUUCAGAAAAAACGAGAUUCGGGGGGAGGUGUUUGUGCUGCACUCGAAAGCAUUGGGGACAGCAUGUACAAAAUUAGUUUCAAGGAAAUAGAAGACCAGGAAAGAGUUCUGCACAGGAAGUUUCACACAAUCUCGCUACCUUCUGGAAAACUAGAUUUGACCCUGAGCCGGACAAAUUCACCACAGACCCCUGUUCAGCCCCUGACACAGAUAUUUACAAAAACAAACACAAAAGGCCUUGAGAAGAGUUACAAGAUAGAUGUUUUUCUCAUGCAUUACCUGAGAGACAACCCUAAAGCAAAUAAGAUAUUACAGAAACAACUCGACUCUAUUGGCUGCAGGGUGGAAUUAAAUUUUGAUGAAGAGGAGGCAAUGGUCAGGGGGGAUAUUGAGAAGGGUCCAGGAGGAGCUUUUGGUGCUUCAGAGAAAUGGGAGAUACAGGUGGAUCGCAUCUUUAUUGGUCUCACUGAGAACUACACCUGCUAUCAUGUUCUUGAUCAAAAGCAAAAGAAAAUGCUACUGCAGCAUCACUUCUUGGAGACAGGUGAUAUCAAAGUGUACAGAGAGACUGGCUAUUCUGUGAUUGUGGGAGAAAUUGAGGAUGUGAAGGAGAUGCUAGCAGUCAUAGAAAACAGUAUACCAACCAGAAAGGAAGUUCCAAUAGUGAAGAACAAAUACAAACUGGUAGAAGAAGAGUUCAAUCGAGAAAUGCGGGCACAUUACCCAGAGGUUAAAAUCCACAGUGAUCAUGAUAUGAUCACCAUGGAGGGAAAUGAUAAGCAAGUGCAAUCAGGAGCUAAUAAACUUGAUGAACUCAUCAAAAAGGUCAUGGAAAAGAGAGUUAUACUUCCUUCAGAGUUAUUGACCUUCAUAACAUCCAGUAACGCAAUUUCAAAGUAUGAGGCUCGCUUUCAGCAAAGCCUCCGACAUCCUGUUUCCCUUGAAGUUGGUUCGUGUCUGGUUUUGUCCAGCUUGUCAUGUGGUGCUCUGGAUGAGGCUGAAGCAGCACUGAAGAGAGACCUGAGUGUGGACACAGUGAUGAUGCAGGGUACUGCAGAUGUGUCUCUAAAUCUGGACACAUUGAAGGAAAUCCUAAACAAAGCUAAGAAUGAGUUGAACUGUAGAGAGGACAAAGUAGACUUCAGCUUCAUCACAAGAACCAGUGAAACCUCAGGAAGUGAGGUGAGAAUUGUGGGCUGCAAUGAAAGUGUGAAAAGGCUGAAAGCAGUUGUACAGGACUUCCAAAUGAACCAGGUUGUAACACAAGAAGUACUGAAGCUCCCCCAGCCUGAAUUGGUUGAUUGUUUUGAGGAGUUCUUAGGCCUGAUUGGCUUCAAGCACAAGAAAGUGACAAUAAAAACCUCACCUUUUCCGAAUCCUUGUGUGCACAUAUCUGGUCCACGUUGUCAUGUCCAGGAGGCCAUGGAGUCCCUAACCUCAGUUCUGUCCAGCAUUGCUUCAGAAAAACUAGUUCUAGACGGACCUGGGGCUCAGCGGUACUUCCAAACAGAGGGAAAAGUCAGCAAGGAUUUGGUAGAGAGCUCUUAUCAGGUUCUCAUUAGAGAGCAACAAGGUGUGAAUGCCAAAGAAGUUAGAUUCACAUCACCACGCCCAUCCAUGGCCCAACUGAACAGCAAAACUGUUGAGAAUGUUGCUGUCAAAAAAACAACCCUGAAAAUAGCAGUUGGCAGCUUGGAAGAUGAACAGGUGAACGUGUUGGUGGUCCCUAUGGUCAACAAAAAUUUAACUUCUACUAAUAUUGGUAAAAGUCUAUUGAUUAAAGCGGGGAACCAAUUGCAAACCAAUUUCCACUCAAUGGCGGCAAAUCUUACCAUCAGCCCUGGAGAUGUUCUGCAGGUUGCUGGGCCUCCAUCUCUUGGCUGCUCCAAGCUCUUCUUCAUUGAGUGUUUGCCUUGGGAUGGUGUCAGAGCUCGGAGCGUGCAGGCUCUUAAAAAUGGGUUGAAGAGAUGUUUGGACCUCUGUGCACAGCAAGGCUUCAAUUCAGUCGCACUUCCAGUUAUUGGACCGGGAGUGGUGCUAAGAUAUCCUCUGAGAGAAGCUGUGGAAGUUCUGACAGACAGCAUAUGCCAGUUUGGAUCAUCCCCAUCCUCUAGUACUCUCUUCCACAUCCAUGUUGUCAUUAAACCUGGUUAUGCUGACUCUGAGGAGUGCUACCAUGAGGUCUAUUCAUCUCUCAGCCGAAGUCAAGUCCUCUUCAGGUCCAUCUUCACUGACCUUGAUGACAUCAGUGUGACAGUAGGACAUGGGGUUAAACUACAGGUGGUGUUCGGUGACAUCACUAACGAGACUACAGAUGCUGUUGUGAACACAACCAACUUUGUCAAUUUUGAUAUUGAUGGAGUUUGUAAAGACAUCUUAACGGUUGCUGGACCACAGGUGAAGGCUAAACUGGUUGGAGCACAUGUGGGCCGUGGACAGAUUCUUGCAACCGAGCCUGGAUCAUUCCCUUGCAAAGCCAUUUUACAUGUGUCUGGACAAAAAGAUGCGGGUGUCAUUGAGCAACUGGUGUGUGAUAUCGUUCAACGCUGUGAAUCCUCCGGGUGCAAGUCCGUGGCCAUUCCUGCUAUCUGUGCAGGGGCGGGCGGGAUGGACCCUGGGGUCGUGGCAGCAGCCAUCAUCCGAGGAGUCAAAAGAGGCACAUCCUCCUCUCCCCUGCACUGUCUCACUGACAUCCACCUUGUCCUGAUUAAGAUCAAGGUCUUCUUGGAGUUCAAAGUGGAGACACUGCAGGUGUUUUCCACUGCUGUGUUCAACAGAGUGCCAGCACCUCAGCGGCCUUAUGUGGAACAAAAAUCACCUAGUUCUGGGAUCGCAGAUCUAAGCAUCCUCCACACCAGCUUCACAAAUAGACAGUCUGUCUUCCUUAUCCUGGGUCUUUGGAGAGACGAUGUCAAAGCAGCCACGAAGAAUCUGGAUGACCUGUAUUGUGCUCAGUGCUCCACACAAACCUUCACAAUGGAGCAGCUUAAUGGUCUUUCCCAGAACGACAUUACAAAUCUAAAGCUGCUUGUAGAGACGGAGUGUCUGUACGUUCAGUCUGGCCAGAGCUGCUUGACGGUGAGCGGGUUAAAAGAUGGGGUGAACAAGGUGAUGCAGAUGAUUAAUACAUCUGUGCAUGGCAACCUAAAGAAACAGAUGACAAUUAGGGAGGAGGAGGACUUGUACAGUCGUGUGGCUUGGUGCAUCAUGGGAGCACACUGCAACUGGGAGAGACUUCCCAGAACAGCCAAUCACAAGCUGGAAAAUAAGGACAUAGCAGGAGGGAUAGUGGACACACAGAAUGUCCAGUGGAAUGUGGAUCUACAGAAGAUGGAGGCUGUAUGUAGAAUAACUAGACACACAAGAAUAUUAAAACGACUUGAGAAUCUGCCAGACUUCACUGUCCCCCUGUAUUGGGACAACAUGGCUGUCGGGGAGAACAUGAAGCUUUUCCCACUGCAGCCGUCUUCUGCAGAGUAUAAAGACGUAAAGCAGGGCUUCAAACUAACUUCCAACAAAACUGUUUUGAAGAUUGCGCGUUUUCAGAAUGUUCAUCUGCGUCAAGGCUUUGAAGCGCAGAAAAAGCACCUUUCUCAUAAGAACAGAGAGCAGGGUGGCGCAGGUGAGAAGCUCCUGUACCACGGGACGACCCAGGAAAACAGUGACUCCAUCAUGAAAACUGGCUUUAACCGAAGUUUGGCUGGACAAAACGCAACUUCAUUUGGUCAUGGAAGCUACUUUGCUGUAAACGCCAGCUACUCAGCCCACCCCACCUAUGCCAGGCCCAGUCAUGAUGGCACUCAGUUAAUGUUCGUGGCUCGCGUCCUGACUGGUGUGUACACGGUGGGGCAAAGUGGUUUGAAGGUGCCUCCUCCUCGCAACAUCCAUCAGCCACAUGACCGCUAUGACAGUGUGGUGGAUAGAAUGGACAACCCCAGCAUGUACAUCGUGUUCCACGAUAACCAAGCAUACCCAGACUACCUCAUCACCUUCAAGUGACUCUGAUGGAAAGUGUAUUUUCUUUUGUGCAAAACAGUGCGUCUUAAACUGGCUAUAUGUAAGAUAUUCGACUCCAGUUUAAACUUGGCAUUCCCUUCCUCUCUAGAGACUUAAGGUUGCAGGUCAUUUGAGGAACCAAAUUCCACAUAAACCCAAAUAUAGAACCUUUUCUCACAUGUUGAGGUAUGAGGUACGGUAUGUUUAUGGAGCAGAAAUGUAAAUAAAAGAUUAAUAACAUAAAAAUGUACAGUAUGUACCUAUUAAGUAUGGUUACAGGUAGAGUUUGUACAAUUUUGCUAAAGUUUUGAUGACGUUGCACGCUGCAGCUGAACAAUUCAUUCAUACAAUCAGGUAAUGGUAAAACCUACAAAGAAUUAAUUAAUUGUCGCACACACGCACGUAUAUUCGUGGUCACGUACCUCGAGUGGGAUUUGAACCCACGAUGUCUUGAGCAGUGAAGCAACGUCCUUGUCCACUGGAGUAUGUUCAGCGCUGGUGAUAAUUUUGACAGAGACAGAGGAUCAGAGUGAAGGAGGAGUUAAUGUUGUCAGACAUCAAAUUUUAGUGUAGAAACAUAUUUUUAAUGACUUUCUGUAUUUUAACUUCCCCUCUUUAUGUAUGGCAAAAAGAAAUGAAUACAAUUAUUGAUGUAUCUAAUGUAUCUUGAUGACUACAUUAAUAUUUUGACUAAAACAGUAUAAACACAUGUUUUGUUGUUAUUAAGAAGUGAAUUACCUACAUGCAGACUUGCUUCACAGAAGGUGCGACUCGUGAGGUAUUCCAGCUCACACUCUUCGUGAAAUCUUCCAUUUUAAAAUCCUGCUGCUGUCAAACAAAUGGCCAAAAAUACAAGGUCUGACAACAACUCAGACAAUUAACACACAAUGUCUCUCUAUAGUCGUAUAGCAGAUUAGGAUUAAUAUUGUAUCCAGAGCCUCUGAUGGACAUUACGUCAUACUGUAUGUGUUGUGUCGGUUAAUAUUAAGAAAAGUAGAUUUUUAUGUCCGUGUGUAUACAGGGUACAAAAUAAUAAAGGCUUUCUUGAUGUAUUUUUUAACCCUGGUCGAAGAAAUAAUAAUAACUACCUGC